AUGCAAUCCUCCACUGUCCUCGAAACCUCUGGGAAACGUCCAAUGAUUCCCGAUAAGCUCAACAAGAAGCCCUCUGCAUCUCUCUCCUCUUCUGAAAGACCAAUAUCAUCGCUUUCCAACGAUGAAAUAGCCUUUCACAGCCCUGUCUUUGUCUUGGCUACUGGUGUUGCAUCGGCAGCUUUCUGGGUACUUGCUGCAGGGGUCUGUCCGCUGAGUGCGAACGACAGGGACGUCAACAAGACGCAGUGUGGCAUAGGCAUCACGUUCGGCCUUGUCUUUCUCUUAGUCGGUGGACUCGCCGCUUUUGGUCUGAUCCAUUCCGACAAGAGAAAGAUAGAUGGAGGCAUGGCUCCAUUCCUCGACGAUUCCGAUGUCAACAAUGGGUAUGCCGUGUCGACUGAAUCAGAUGGAGCCAGUAUCAACGAACCCCAUCCAACAGGUGUUAACUAG